UCUGAUUAUUUGAACGCUGUGCGUGUUUCGAUAAGCCGUACACGUUCUAUAGUUUGGAGAUUUUCAACUCAGUUGUCACGCAAGAUUAUGGACGGGGUGUCUGUAUACCAAGUGUGUUUGUUCGUCUCAACCCUCGGCUCUGUAUAUGCCGCCCUUCAACCGUCCGUCCUUCUCGCAGUGUUGUGGCUUGUCAUUGGUUACAUGUGUUACACGACACUACACAAGAAGUGUGUCAAGACACUGUCAGCAUAUGGCAGGGUUGUCCUUAUCACCGGCUGUGAUACAGGAAUAGGUUACGGACUGGCACAGCGGCUGAUCCUGGAGGGGUUCACUGUCGUAGCGACAUGCCUUGACGUUGAGGGGCCAGCUGCUCGGGAGAUGAAGAAGAACCAAAAUGGUCGUGUGCAUGUCUUGACACUUGACGUCACUUCCGAUGAAAGCGUGGAGCUGUGUUUUGAAAGAACAAGAAAAAUAUGUAAAGGAACAGGCUUAUGGAGCUUGGUCAACAACGCGGGAGUGGUCAGCUUCGGGGACGUGGAGCUUACUACUAUGGACAUAUUUCAGAAAGUGGUGGACGUCAACCUCCUCGGUGUAACAAGGGUCACGAAGACCUUUCUGCCCCUUGUUAGAUAUGCUAAAGGGAGAAUAGUGAACGUCACUAGUGUCAAGGGUUUGUGUGCCUAUCCGUGUUUUGGGGCUUACAAUAUUUCCAAAUAUGGCGCCGAGGGACUGACGGACACAUUGCGCCUCGAGAUGAAACGUUUUGGAGUGAAGGUCAUUGCUGUCGAACCCGGAAACUUCGGAGGUGCGACUGCGUUAUGGGAUGAAAGGAAUACAGAACGGUUAAGACGGGAAAUGGCCGAGAUGAUGUCGGCAGCUACAGACGAGGCCUUGACUGCCUACGGUGACGACUACCUCGACCAAAUGCUGUCUGUGUUCAAAGAAGGCACCACCUAUUCCCGUAGCAACAUUGACCCCUUGCUGGAUGACUUUGUAGAUGCUCUAACCAAUGAGCAUCCAGCGUACAGAUAUGCCACGCAUGGGGGAAGCACCUUAUUGGACAUAGACGUGCUGUUGACAGUGUGGAAGAAUUACAUACCAACCACUUUCCUGGACUACCUAGUUAUGAAGUACAGAGGAAUCCCAGCUCGAGUAAAGGAAGGAUGCUAACAACUCUCUGUUUACCAUGUACCUUUCUUCUAAUUCAGGAAAAACAAUUGUUUCUAAGCUAUUUCACCGAGGUCACAGAAGAAUAGUUACGCAAUAUA